AUGAGAAGGACGAUAGUACAACUACCUUAUAAGCGUUCACUCGCGUCAUCGUCCUCAUAUAUAUCUUCAAAACCAAUACUACUAUGUACCAGAAAUAUAACUACAACUUCAAUCAAUCAUAAUUCAUCAUCACUCGAUAGUAAUUCCACGCCUUGGUAUUUGAGAGAAGAAAAUACUUCAAAAGUAGAACAAAUUAAUCAAAAUGAAAUUAUAGUGUUCCCGGAAAGUAUGUCUCAAUCACUCAGAGAUUUUGUUCAAUUACUAAGUGAAAAAUACGGGUUAACAGAUUUCAAAAUUUUAGAUCUUUCAUUACUUCCAUCAGAUCAUCCAAAAAGUAUAAAAAGCCAAUCAGAUGAAAAAUAUAUAAUAUUCACCUCAGGUAAAUCUGAAAAACACAUUUACAAGGCAUCAUAUGACUUAAAACAAUAUAUAAAACAUGAAUUUGGACAUUUACCUCGUAUAGAUGGAAUGGUUUCAAAUUCUGUAAGUGCAAGAACUCGUAAUAGAUUAGCCAAAAGAGCUAGACAAGGUCCACCCGCCACACAUAAUACUUACGGGAUAGGUCCUAACACUUGGGUCAGAUGUGAAGUUGGGUUCGAUGGAGCUGUUUUACAUAUGUUGAGUCCCGAGAGAAGAUCAGAAUUAAAUUUGGAACAAAUAUAUGGUGAAGAAGUUGAAGGUGAAAGUAUGAUUGAAAUUGCUCCAGUAGUUAAAAAUAAUUAUAAUGAAAAUAAAGAUAGUGUAUUUUAUGGUUUACAAAGAAGUUUCCAUACAAGCACAAGGUUGAACAAUAACAAUGAAGCAUUAGAAUCAAUAGUUAAUAAUUUUAUUGGAAGUAGUUCCAUCAAUGAGCAUGAGCAAUUUAAGUCUCAAUUUGACGGUAAAUUUACAGGGACGUCAGUAGAGGAAUACAAUAACAAAUUCAAUUUUUACAAAGUCUUAUCAUUAGUGGAUCCUAAUUAUUCAAUGGAAGAUGUUGAAACUAUUUUGUUGGAUAAGCAUUCGUCGAUUGCACUUUCGACUGAGAAAAUUGACUGGAAUCAAGAAAUAGUAAAUGAUGUUAUAAAGUAUAUGGAGUUACUAUUAGAUACUUCAAGAGGAUUAAGUGCCACUGAAAAACUAUCUAAACUAUCAGACUUUAUUUCCAAAAUUACUGCGUUUUCAUCUGAUGAACUUCAUUUUUUUGCAAUUGAUAAAUUUCAAACUUUAUUAUGGUCAUUAAGUUGUGAUAAUUAUAUACCAAUCGAUGGUUCAGAAAUAAACUCAAUAAUUCAAUCAAGAGGUGAAGGAAUUGAAAUAUCCACACCAACUUCUGUUCAAGAUGCAAGAUCAGCUCAAAAUAUGAGAGAAAUGUUUAGACAAAUAAAUUUUUCAAAAAGAGGUCACAUGCCACUUUGGUUAAGAGAACAUAUGUUAUAUACUUAUGGGAAUUGUAGAAAUUGGGUAUAUUUUUGGAAAGAAUGGAGUGCAAUAAUACAAUCAUUAGUUGAACCUCAAGAAUUUCUACAUAUGUUCACCAAAGCUAUUAUAUUUUUAACAAUCAUUAAUGAUAAAAUUGCAUUAAGAGACUUUUUCAACAGAUAUUGGAACAACAAUAAUGGGCCAUCUUUUAUUACAGAACUAGCUAAAAAUGACAAUCAAUUCAAUUCUGCGAAUGAAGAACAAGCUUUAAAAAAAGCUUUGUUGGUUCUUAAUGAUAAAUUUGGUGCAAGUAAAUGGUAUGAAAAAGUUGGCGAGUUUGCUACCAAAUGA